AUGAAGGUUUUGCAGGACCGUUUUCGGAAGCCGGAACUGCUGGUAAAGAGUCAGAUAAAUAAAAUAAGAAAUGUGGCGCCGAUCUUAGAAAGUCGCAUCGAACAGCUUGUGGGAUUUGCGACUAAGGUGCAAAAUCUGUCUUCGUUUCAGCAGGCAGCUGAUUGCGACCACCACUUGUCUAAUCCGACGCUGAUGGAAGAACUGCUGUUGAAGCUGCCCAUACAGAGACGCAUCGAAUGGGCACGUUACGCUUUGUCAAUUGUUCCGCGGCCAACAAUCUGCCAUUUUAGUGAUUGGUUACAGGAGUUGUCAUCGAUUGUGAACUCGGCCUGCGUAUACUCUAGCUUAGAACCGCGACAAAAUAGACCCGAAGGACGUUCAAGAUUUUUCCACGCCAACGAGGCUAGUGGUGAAAAUUCUGGGCGAAUUAGGUGUGAGGCAUGCGCAGAUAGCCACACGAUUACUAAGUGCAGAAGAUUCCUGAACAUGGAGCACGGGGAUAGAUGGCGCCUAGUUCGUCGCAAAAAGCUCUGUUUUAAUUGUCUAAAGGGAAGUCAUCGCAGCAACAACUGUGGUGAAGAACAUGAGCGGGGUGACAGGCACUGUACAAAAAGGUGGCAUGUACUUCUUCACGAGUCCUGUGGCAGAGCACAACAGUGGCUGUCAGCGCCACUGCAGCAAGCGUCGCAGCCGACUUCGCGGUACGCGAUACAGCAAACGGUGACAUCGACAUCAGAACAGGCAGUUCAGCAGAAACGGGCAGCGCAAGAAGCAGUACAGCAAGUUUUUGCAAGUUUUAUUUAA